AUGAGCUUCAGGAGUCAGACGUCCGUCGCGCCAUCAUGGCGCGUGUCGUGGUCGCUCUUCCUACUCCUAGCCGUCGCGCUCUUCGUCUUUGCAGACGUCCUCGUUAUAAGAUACAGCUGCUCCGGCUCUUCCCCACCAUGGAGAAGGAGAAGUACUAGUGAAUCCAAGUUCGUAAAGGCGCCGGUUGAAGCAACCGCCGCCGAGAUCGGACCGUUGGCCGGCGGCGCGGACCGGCAAGGGAUGAUGGACGAGGCGGCGGACCUCGGGAGCGAAGAGGCGGACGCGCGAGAAAUGGAUGAGGCGGACACGCGGCGAGGGAUGGACGAGGCGGACACGCGAGGAGUGGACGAGAGGGUUGCAGAUCGGUUGCGGUACCCGGGCAGGAAGCGCGUGCUGGGGUUCGUCGGGGUGCAGACUGGUUUCAAAAAUCGCAGAAAGCGCGCACUGCUCCGCGAGACGUGGUUCCCCGGCACGCCCGAGGAGCACGCGCGAGUGGAAGCAGCAUUGGGGCUGGCGUUUCGGUUCAUAGUCGGGCACAGCGCGAGUGCAAAGGAAGAGCAGCUGAUGCAGGCGGAGAACAGCACUCACGGGGACUUCCUUCGCAUCGAUGUGGACGAGGGAUACCUCAAUCUCAACCACAAGACUCUAGUGUACUUCACAUCUCUCUUCAAGCUCUAUGAAGCCGACUUCUACAUCAAGGCAGACGAUGACAUCUACCUCAUACCAGAGCGCCUCUCUUCUCUCAUCGCCAGGCCAAGGGACUCGCCUCGAACGUACCUUGGAUGCUUCAAGAGGGGAACUGUGAUUACCGACCCCAAAAAGAGGUGGUUUGAGCCCAAUUCAGAGCUGCUGGGGUCGCAUUAUUUCGCGCAUGCUUUUGGCUCCAUCUAUUCCCUCUCCUAUGGCGUGGUUGAAAUCCUCAACGCCAUCCCAGAGGACGGGCUGAGCAUGCAUGUUGAGGAGGCGCCUCAAUCAUGCUCAGUUUUCACAAAAGCCAUCUCUGGUCUCAUUACUCUCUUGAUCGCAGGCUGGGCAUGUUCACAAACGAAGAUGUGUCGGUGGGGGCGUGGAUGCUCGCCUUUGACGUGA